AUGUCACUCCAGCGUCUGCGCAGAUACAAGGGCGCAGAUACGAAUGUCUACCGCUCAUCGGAUGAUUCUUCGCCUUUUCCAGUUCGUUUGGGUUCUUUGCUGCUGAACUGGACCAAGGCCAGCUUCAGGAGCUCUCUAUGCCGUCGGAUCCUGGGCUUCCAGACUCUCACCCGCGUAUUUUCUCUACAAGCAUCGCCACGUGCUACGCGCAGCGACUACUGGAUUGCGAAGGCCCCCGAAAUGAUGCACCGGGAUUCAAAUUCGAGACUGCUGGGGCCUACCUACAUACAAUACGGAAAUACCGUUCCUGCCAGGCAACUGAUGAUUGAGUGCAAUGAGUAG